AUUUGGUGAGAUUUUGGUCGAACUGCUACCCGAGUUCUGAACUACCGAACCCGCAUGCCUUGCGUUGUGUUGUGUUUGGUUAAUUAGUCACCGUCUCUUUUUUUUUGAAAAUGUCUAUUACACUCCACCAUUACAACACUCUCCUUACCACCACAACCUGCAAGACCUUAAGAUCACUAACCCAAAUCCACGCCUCCCUCAUCAAAUCCUCCCUCGACACCGACCCUUACUUCACCGGAAAACUCAUCCUCCAAUGCUCCACCUCCCUCCCCGACGCUCUCCCCUACGCCCGCCGCCUCCUUCUCUCUUUCCCCCACCCCGACGCCUUCAUGUUCAACACUCUCAUCCGAGGCUACUCCCAGUCCGACAACCCCCACAGCUCCAUCUCCUUGUUCGUCGAGAUGACCAGGAAAGGUCUCGCCUUUCCCGACAGCUUCACCUUCGCGUUCGUGAUCAAGGCCGCGGAGAGUUUAAGGGAUCUGAGGUCCGGGUCUCAGCUGCAUUGCCAGGCUUUGAAACAUGGGUUGGGUAGUUCUAACGCGUUCGUCGCCACUACUUUGAUCGGUCUGUACGGGGAGUGCUGUACAGAGUCUGCACGCAAGGUGUUCGAUGAAAUGCCUGAACGGAGUUUAGUCGCGUGGAACGCUUUGGUAACGGCGUGUUUCCGAGGGGGUGACGUGGCGGGAGCGGAGGAGGUCUUUGGUGAGAUGGUGGAGAAGGAUCAGAUGUCGUGGAACGUGAUGCUUGCUGGUUACGUUAAAGCAGGGGAGGUUGAGAGUGCUAGACGGGUGUUUUCGGAGAUGCCUGUUAAAGAUGGUGUCUCCUGGAGCACUAUGAUUGUUGGGUUUGCUCAUAACGGUAGGUUUAAUGAGGCUUUCUCGUGUUUCAGGGAGCUGAGACGAGUUGGGUUGAGACCGAAUGAAGUAAGCUUGAGUGGUGUUCUCUCUGCUUGUUCACAGUCCGGGGCGUUUGAGUUUGGUAAAGGGUUACAUGGGUUUGUGGAUAAAGCAGGGUAUAGUUGGAUAGUGUCUGUGAACAAUGCGCUUAUCGAUAUGUAUUCUAGGUGUGGUGAUGUAACAUUAGCUAGGUUAGUCUUUGAGAGUAUGCCAGAGAAGAAGAUGAAGAAGAGCGUUGUGUCUUGGACUUCGAUGAUUGCGGGAUUAGCAAUGUAUGGUCACGGCGAGGAAGCUAUUAGGCUCUUCGACGAAAUGACUGAGUCUGGUGUUAGGCCUGACAAGAUAUCUUUCGUUUCGCUUCUGUAUGCUUGCAGUCACGCUGGACUGAUUAGAGAAGGUGAAGAUUACUUCUCUAAGAUGAAGAGAGUUUACCAGAUAGAACCGGAGAUUGAACACUACGGUUGCAUGGUUGAUUUAUACGGCCGAUCUGGACAACUACAAAAGGCUUACGGUUUCAUAUGCCAAAUGCCAGUUCCACCAACUGCUGUUGUGUGGCGGACUCUUCUCGGGGCUUGUAGUAGUCAUGGGGAUACCGAGUUAGCCGAGGAAGUUAGAAAAAGGCUUGAUGAGCUUGACCCAAACAACCAUGGCGAUCUUGUUCUGUUGUCGAAUGUUUAUGCUACUUCUGGUAAAUGGAAGGAUGUUGCUUCUAUCAGAAAGUCAAUGAUUGUGAAUAAGAUCAAGAAGUUAACUGGUUGGAGCUUGGUUGAAGUUGAUAAAGCCAUGUACAAGUUCACCGCUGGUGAGAAAAAGAAGGGAACCAUCGGUUCAGAGGCACACGAGAAGCUAAAGGAAAUCAUAUUGAGGCUUAGAGAUGAAGCUGGGUAUGCACCGGAAGUUGCAAAUGCGUUAUAUGAUAUAGAGGAAGAAGAGAAGGAGGAUCAAGUGAGCCAACACAGUGAGAAGCUUGCACUUGCGUUUGCUCUAGCUAGAUUGCCCCAAGGAGCAAGAAGUAUCAGGAUAGUAAAGAAUCUGAGAAUCUGCAGAGAUUGUCACGCCGUUAUGAAGCUGGCGUCGAGAGUUUAUGGAGUAGAGAUUGUGGUCAGAGACAGAAACCGUUUCCAUUCAUUCAAGGAUGGUUCUUGUUCAUGCCGUGAUUACUGGUAAAAGCUCUGAUUACAACGUUUCUUUUUCUCAUGUGUUUGGGGGAAAAUGUUCAGACAUGAAUGCACAAGUCUUUCCCAAGUUCUGACAUAUCAACUAAGAAGGAGCAAUUCAAAGUAACUGGAGACUGAAGUUAAGAUCGGUUGCAUUAUAGGAGAGAGCCUUGUCUUUGAAUGAUAUCAGAGGCUCUUGGACAGUUCUUCUCGUUAUUGUUUAUUAGUAGAGAUCGUUGUAGAUCAUUCCACACACACAAAGUUGGUCCAAAAGUCUUUAUGUUUUUUUUAUUAAAAAGGUUAUUGGGCGGCAAUACAGUCAAAGAACUUCAAAUAUUAAACUCUGUUUUACCAAUCUUGAAGAUUUAAUAAACAAAUCUUUCAGUCAGUA